AUGCGGAUACUUCGCCGAAUAGAUUCUCGAUAUGGCUUUGUCCGUGGUCUGCACAGCGGUGCAGGGGUGGUGUUAGGAGACGCUGUCGCCGUUCUCUUUCCAUUGGUUUUAGAAAGCCCCUUGUUCUCGGUAGUGAGUGCCGCGAAAAUACCUCUGAACAAAUUACAUUGCUUGCUUCGACUAUCGACGACGCGCUUCUCCGAAGCAUUAGACUCCCGUUCAUUUGGCUUCAAGUACAUUCUAGAAGGCGAGCGUUUGUCUUGCGGUGCAGGGGUGGUGUUAGGAGACGCUGUCGCCGUUCUCUUUCCAUUGGUUUUAGAAAGCCCCUUGUUCUCGGUAGUGAGUGCCGCGAAAAUACCUCUGAACAAAUUACAUUGCUUGCUUCGACUAUCGACGACGCGCUUCUCCGAAGCAUUAGACUCCCGUUCAUUUGGCUUCAAGUACAUUCUAGAAGGCGAGCGUUUGUCUUGGUCUGCCGUAUCAUGCAGUCGUCAGUAA